ACUGCUACUUCAACAAAGGUUUGCAGUAGCCGACCUUGAAGCCCUCUCUCUCUCUCUCUCUCACUCUCGUUGUUUGCGGCAAUGGCGAAAGGUGAAGAUGCAGUGAGGAGGAAGAAGAGCAAGGUGAACCGGAAGAGGCUUCAGAAGCAGGACUCUUCUGCUUCGGUCUCUGCUCGGGUCGCCGCCAUUAUUGCCUCCAAGAAGCGCCGCAAGUCUGGAAAACGCCGCAUGUGCGAGGGGAUGUGUUUUAGCCUUCCUUCUCCUGAUGAUCCUUUCAACGACAAGCUUGGGAAAAAGGAUUUUGAGGGAAAGGAACCCAAGAAGCGAGUACCUCGUCAAGAAGACGGGAGGGGUUUUGUUCAUGGGAAGGGUGUUGCACUGAGGAAAGGAACCCAAACACCAAAUACGGACUUCAAGGAUAAGGUAAAAAGUUCAAAGAUAUCUAAUAAUGAUCUUGUUGACCUAGAAGAAAAGGUUCAAGUGAUUCAGAACGUAGGUGACCAUUGUCAAAAUGGAUUGGUCCGUGAAAACUCAAAUGGUCCAUCGAAGUUUCUUAUUAUGUGCCUGAAUUCAAUCGAAAAUGCAUUGCGACAUGAUGGUACCUCCAUUAGUAAAGAGGACCAGCCAUUGUUUGUUAAUUCAUGGGGAAUCGAGUUCUGGAAAUGUUAUUCAGCUGGGAAGGAUAUUUUGGAGACAAGUGGAGCUAGUUCUACAGUAGAGCAAAUUGCUUGGAUGAUUUCCAUUGCUGCUGAUACCAUUGCAAGAAAGGAGAAAGAAGGUCUAUCAUUUGCGAGCCCCUUUCUUUUAUUCCUUGUACCAUCCCAGGAGAAAGCAGCUAAGGUUCGCUCAGUCUGCAAGCCUUUGAAGGCUCUUGGAAUACACACUGUGAGUAUACAUCCUGGGGCAUCCUUGGAUCACCAGAUUCAAGGUUUAAAGAGCUGUGAGCCUGAGUUCCUUGUAUCUACACCUGAGAGGCUGCUGGAACUUGUUAUGUUUAAGGCCAUUGAUAUAUCUGGUGUUUCCUUGCUGGUUGCUGAUGGACUUGAAUCUCUUUCAAAUGGUGGUAAUCCUGAUAUGAUGAAAUCCAUUAGGCAAUCAAUUUCAGGAACUCCCCUUACUGUGGUUUUCAAUGAUUGCUUCAAUCAUGCCUCUGUUCCAUUGGUUCAAAAUCUUCUGUCUAGAUCAAUCCAUAGAAUAUCUCUUAACGAUACGAUUACCAGUCUAAGUUCAUGCAUUAUCCAGUCAGUGAACGUGUGUGCCUCAGAAGAUGAAAAACUAUCAAAGGGUAUCCAAAUUCUUGAUCAAGCUUAUGGAGAUAAAUUGUUGUCUCAGCCCUUGAAGGUGCUAUACAUAUUGGUUAAAGAUAGCAAGUUUAGUGAAAUGGUCACUGCCCUAAAAAACAAGGGUUAUUUUAUAUCAACGGGCUCAUCAUGCACCAUAUCAAACUUUAAAAACAGCAAAAUGAAAAAUGAAGUUUCCAUGAUCAAUAUGGAGCAGAUAAAAACCACCGAUCUAGAGGAGUAUUGUCUUGUAAUAAUACCCAAUUUCGUACUUCCGAUCGACAGUUAUGUGCACGUUCUCACUAGAAUGGCUCGCCACACCGUCAAUGGUGCGUUGCAUAGCUUUCUAACCGAAGAAAAUGCAGCCAUUGCUGAACCAUUGACUGAUAUCCUUGAACAAUGCGGACAGGCAGUGCCUGAAGCUUUAAGAGACUUGUGUCUGACAUCUUCCACACGGGAACAAUGAAUUUGGGUGUGCUUUCAUCAUUAUUUUGUCUAAAUUCUUUCUACCUUUGCUGCUAGCAUACUUUGUUGAAAAUGAAUCAUUUGUAUUUUGGUGUUGCCGGCCAGCUUUUGCAGCGGUCACUGAGAGGAUAUUAGAGUGUCAUAUUCUCAUAACCGUUUUGUCGAGUUCAGAUAGAGCUCAAUUCUUGAUAAAUGACAUUGAAAUGAGGAAUAUCCAUAAUCCCAGCUACUAGGAAGAGCUAUUUGCUGAU